CAAGGGAAAGGUCAUGAAGGAGCGAAGCAGCAGAAGGCCAUCUACCUGAAGGACGGACGCAUAUUCAGCACGGGAUUCUCGCGCAUGAGUGAGCGACAGUACGCGAUACGAACAGAGGAUGCCCUGGAGGACCCUAUAGCACAGGAGGAGAUUGACAACAGCAACGCGGUGCUGUUCCCGUUCUACGACGCCGACACGAACGUCAUCUACCUGGUGGGAAAGGGGGACUGCACCAUAAGAUACUUUGAGAUCACAGAUGAGUUCCCGUACUGCCACUUCAUCAAUCUCUACCAGUCUACGGAACCGCAGAGGGGCAUUGGCAUGAUGCCAAAGCGCGGCUGUGACGUCAACAUCAACGAGAUUUCGAGAUUUUACAAACUACAUACGAAAGGCCUAUGUGAAGUUAUUCAUAUGACAGUACCACGAAAGUCGGAGUUGUUCCAGGACGAUCUAUACCCGGACACGGCCGGAGACAUUCCCUCUCUUACGGCCGAUGAAUGGUUCUCUGGCAAGAAUGCAGACCCCAUACUGAUCUCUCUAAAAGGCGGGUACAAGUCGACACAGAAGCCUCAGGAGCUGAAACUUACGAAGCGAUCGAACAUCCUCGACAAGAUGCCAAAUAACAAGUUUGCCUCGACGCAGUCGGGUGAGAAGUCCGAGGAGCUUGCUAAGGAGGUGAAGGAGCUCAAGGACACGGUGCGUAGGCAGGACAUGCGUCUCCGCCGUCUCGAAGAACGACUCGAGGCACUAGAGCGCCUCGAUAACGGUCUCGUGUGAGACACACCCACCGACACCGAGGCAGUUUUUGGCGCGGAGUCAUGCUCUGAACGUGAGAUGGACUCGUCGCGUCCCCUAUUUGUCGAGGGAGAGCGGACGACGGGAAGCAUCCUUCCAUCCCUCCCGUGGACUGACAGGCGCGCCGCCAGCGCCAUCUAUAGUCGUGUAACAGUAGCAAUUUUUAUUUUUCUCGAGGUAGUCAACGAUCUCUCUUGCGUGUCAGGUCGCUCCCAGGAACAGAGACGAUCGUCCCCCUGCGCCACACGAUCAGUAUAUUUUCAUCGAUUUUGAUCCGAAUCUUGAGUGUCUUCGUCCUGUUCUGUCCGCGUGUUUUUUUCUCACCAUGACGGCAUUCGAGCGGAGAUACAGGGUGCGGCGUCGGACGAACAAAAGGGCGUAUUGCCAGAUAAAGAUUGUUCGAUUCGUCGUUAGAUUUUACUUAGCAUGCCAAAGGUUUUUUUAUAACUGUUCGUUGGGGGUCCCGGGAGAGCUGUGCGUGCGCGUAGAUGUGAGAUCACCGAGACAUGCAACGACACUCGCAGAGACGCGCGCAAAGUUAACAAAGAAUUCUGCCGGUCGCACUAAAUUAACGAUGCUGGUGCAUAAUUUACUCGUAUGCGUGCGCACCGUCCCUCGCUCGGUAAGCCUUCUCUCUACUCUAGUCCUCCACUAGUGACGUGCCUUGUAUUUAUAAAAACUCGAGUGAGGUUUGCGCGCGCACGCCCGCGCAAAGGAUCCGCCUGCUGGGUCAGCGCGUGUAGCCAACGCUUUCGUUUCUACAGCGACGUAACACACGCACACACACAACCUUACCCCGCCGAUCGCACCCUCGUGAAAUUAUUUGCCGUUGUGAAUUUCACUUUGCCAUCAGCUCUUUUCGUCUCCCGGGCGUUUACAAUGCAGUUGCGGCGAUGGUGGCGUCACCUGGUGUGCUCGUCGUUGCCUAGCAACUGCCGUAAAUGGCGCCGACGUGUGGGCGUGCGUGUAUAUAGCUAUAUAUAUAUAUCUAGCUCUAUAUAUAUAUAUAUAUAUAUAUAUACAUAUAUACGCGUGGCGUGGUAUUGGUCGAGCGUGUGUACAGUGAGUCUGAGAGAGGAAACUGCUGAGCAGUGUGUCAGGAUGGGGAGAGAGCGAGCGGGGGUGCCACGGGCGGGCGGGCGGCACAUGUGACUCCACGCUCCCCACCGCCCGUCGUUUUUCGUUUGCUAGUUCCCCCGUAGCGCGCAUGCAAUUUUUCUCGACAUCGUUUUUUCACCGUUGUCAUUCGAGUCGUCCAUUUGGCGAUUUUUCAGCGGGGAUUUUAUUUUUCCAGGUCUGUGCAAUAUCUCAUGUGCCACUCGUUAUCGUCCUCACGGUGGAUUUUACCUAUUUAAAUUUUUUUUCUAGAAUGUACAGUGUUAGCAUAUAGUCACUCGAACUCGGGUUCUCUCCCUGAUUUCAUUCGUAAAUAUAGCAAAUUCUAUAAUAAUACCAAAGAGAUCUUUUUUUAUGUAGAGAGAGAGCGAGAGUGCGUGUGAGAGAGAGAGAGAGAGAGAGAGAGAGAGAGAGAGAAGAGAGAGCAUAGUGUAAGCAAUGAUCUAAUGCGCGCAUCAUGAUUGUUAGUUCUAUACAUGUUCCUUGCUGGAUUUUAUUUUCUCUGUAGUGAGUACAGAGGUCACGUUGACGUCACGGCACGAUGACGUGUGCAAUACGUCUCUUUGUCGCUACUGUGAGCGCCUGAAUCAUUUGCUAGUACAGCACCUGCAAUACAGUAUAGUACAAUAGAGUGCCUACAUGUACAAUAGAGUGCCUACAUGUACAAUAGAGUGCCUACAUGUACAGUACAGUACAGUACAGUAAAGUACAGUAGACUACUGUACUGCUACAGUACCUACAUGUUCAGUACAGUACAGUACAGUAGACUACUGUACUGCUACAGUACCUACAUGUCCAGUACAGUACAUUGCGUCUGUGUAUAGUGAAAUGAUUUUUUUAUUGUGCAUAUUUAAAAUGCAGUCAAACUCGUGUCCACGUUCGCCUGUCUACAAAGAGCUCUUCUGAGUGGCAUACAAUGAAACCACCUUUAUAGAACGACCACUUGUUCGCAGUGGCCACUUUUGGUUUACCCUCGAGUGGCCGCUAUAUGCAGGUUCGAUGCUGUACAUGGGUUCGUGAUAUUACGAGUAGAUUCUGGCACGAACAUAUGUAUGCUACCUAGCUCUUGAUGCUACGUAUCUAUCUAUUUAUAUACAUAGAGGAUCAUACAUAUGUUCACGACCCUAGUCAGCUAUAUAGUUUUCAUUUCUUUAUGUGAAAUGAACAAUUGAUCUCUCUGCUAGAAUGCGUGCAUGUGAGUAAGGGGAUCAGCUGUAGCAUGAUAUACAUAUAUAUGACCCCCUUCCUACUACAAGUCCCUCUCUACAUUUCGCAUGAGCGAUAAAGCGGCUCAUGCGCAGCGUAGAGGGGGUCGUUCGUCAUAGCGGGGUUGUAUACCAUGCUAUACGGGCCCCCGUACUGAUUCUCUGGUCUGUUACUGUGCCUCGGGUGCGGGGCUCGUAGCACUGUGAAACCAUCUUGGGAUUAUUUCUCCGUUUAGAGAGUAAGUAAAGUAUAAGCAUAUAAUUACAUAAAAUAUGCCGCUUUUUGUACAUUAUCGAUGGUGCCCGUAGCCGUUAGCUUUCUUAUAUAUCUAUUCAUAUCCAUACGUGCAAUUUCCUUUUUGGCGAGAGCGCCACGCUGUUCUAUAGCGUGUUGAUGAAGUUGAGAAUAAUAAAACAGCCGUAGUUGACA